AUGGCCCCAUCAAUCCCAGUCCCCACCCAAGGCGGAAUGUUCCAUACUUUCCAAGGCGUCACGCCUCGAAAGCCGACGAGCGACUCCCAAGACAGCGGGAAACCCUCUGGCUCGACUGGUUCUAAGAGAAUCACUACCCCUCAUGCAUGCGCUGAAUGCAAGAGACGAAAGAUCCGCUGCGACGGCCAGCAGCCUUGCGGCCAAUGCCUGUCGAGCCGCGCUCCCAAGCGAUGCUUCUAUGACAAGCACCGGCAGCGUGUCAUCCCUUCGAGAAAGACGCUCGAGGCAUUAUCCCAAUCUCUUGAGGAAUGUCGUUCGAUUCUGAAACGACUUUUCCCAAACCAGGAUGUUCAGUCUUUACUCCCACUAUCCCGUCAUGACUUGCUGAGCCUUCUCGAACAACCUGUUCACGACACGCCUACUGCGCUCCCUUCUCCGCCUCUGAAUGCGUCUCCACUUUCGCAAGAUCUGGAUUCUCCGGUUUGCUCUGGUUCCGAGCAGGGUCUUCCUGGACUUGAACUGAUGCCUGGCCGUGAUACCGAAUGGGAUGAAGAGCGCCGUGGUCGCGACCCCAUUCCGAUCGAAGCCGACGAUGUUAAUGCACUUUCGUUAUCGGUGGAUCGGCAAUCGUCCUACCUGGGCGCCUCGUCCAUCAAGGCUGCUUUGAUGUGCCUACUCAAGGUCCAGCCCGCACUCCGGAACUCACUGACAACACCCCUUCACAGCGUUGAAGUCACCCACAGCUUCCCUACUAUGAGAUCAAAGGGCACCGCACCUAAAGACACACAACGCAUCCCAUGGUCUUGGAAGGGUCAGACACUCAUUGACGCAUACUUCAAGCGCAUCCAUGUUUUCGUUCCGAUGUUAGAUGAGGCUGCUUUCCGAGCCGACUAUCUUGAGGGCCAGCGAUUUGACGCGCCUUGGCUUGCUCUUCUCAACAUGGUCUUUGCCAUGGGGAGUAUUGUGGCUAUGAAGUCUGAUGAUUACAACCACAUCAACUAUUACAAUAGGGCCAUGGAACAUCUGCCCAUCGAUGCUUUUGGGAACAGCCACAUCGAGACUGUUCAGGCCCUGGCCCUGGUUGGCGGCUACUAUCUUCACUAUGUCAAUAGGCCAAACAUGGCCAAUGCUGUCCUCGGUGCCGCCAUCAGAAUGGCCAGCGCUCUUGGUCUCCACCGUGAGAGCUUGGCCCAAGGGUCCAGCGACAUUGCCGCCGCUGAGACCAGGCGCCGUACUUGGUGGAGCCUCUUCUGCCUUGACACGUGGGCCACAACAACGAUGGGUCGACCUUCAUUCGGGCGAUGGGGACCUGCGAUCAACAUCAGGCCCCCCGAGUUUGGCAUCAAUCAGGCUCGUGACUCUGCCCAGCACGCCGGCAUCUUGCCACUGAUCGAAAACAUCAAGUUCUGCAAGAUCGCCACCCAGAUACAGGACAUGCUUGCGAUUUCGCCCCUUCUAAGGGCAGAAGACCGCUGUAACCUGGACGGCCAGCUAGUCAACUGGUACAGCAGUCUUCCUUGGCUCUUGAGGACAACCGACCCCUGCGCUGAGCCGCUGUACAUCGCGAGGUGUAUUAUGAAGUGGCGUUACCAGAAUCUCCGCAUGCUUCUUCAUCGACCGGUUUUGCUCAGCAUAGCCAGCAGUGGUGCCUUGUCUCAGGUCGCAGAGCAAGACGUCACUGCCAUCGAAACAUGCCGUGAGCUUGCCAAGCAGACCAUUGAUGACAUUGCGCGGGAAUGGACUCGGAACCAAAUGUCCGGGUGGAACGCCGUCUGGUUUCUCUACCAGGCAGCUAUGAUUCCUCUGGUCAGCGUCUUCUGGCAAUGGAACAGUCCACGCGUUCCCGAGUGGCACCAGCAGAUCGAGACGAUCCUAGAUCUGCUAGAAGCCAUGGAAGACUGGUCAUUGGCCGCCCGCCGAAGCCGUGAAGUAGUGUGGCGAAUGUACGAAGCCUCUCGACAACCUGCCAUACGAUCAGAAAGUCCCCUGCAGGGAAUGGGGGGGGAUCAAGGCCUGCUAAUGGCUGAGGCGGAACUACACAUGUCGCCCAUUGGCCUAGAGCCCGAGGGGAUGGGCAUGAUGGGCAUCUUUGACCAGCAGGGCCUCUGGGAUCUGGACGGUAUGUACUGGGGUCAGAGUCCAGACCAAGGGGUAGACUUUUCCCCAUACAACGUCAACGACCAGAUGAUGGGCAUGGACUACAACUUGAUGGGCAGCCAGGCUGCAGCAAUGGAAGGCGCCUUCUUCGCCCAUUAG